AUGACACCAUACAUCUCUAAAAAGAUGCUUAUGAGAAGAUUUGCUCGGACACUAUGGAGCAACAAUUUCAAACCAGGAAAAAGGUUUAUGUCAUCUGAUCCAAGUAAACCAGCACCAGACCAGAAUGCAACGGAGGGAGUGGAACCUACACAAAUGCUUGCUUUAGAUAAGGAUAUUUGCCUACUUGUGGAUGAAAAGGACAAUAUGAUAGGAACUGCAACAAAGAGAGUGUGCCAUAGUGUAGGUCCUGAUGGACACGUGCCCCUCCAUAGGGCAUUUAGUGUAUUUUUCUUCAACAAUAGAGGUGAUAUGUUGCUACAGAGAAGAGCAAGUCAGAAGGUAACUUAUCCAGAUUAUUAUACAAAUGCUUGCUGUAGUCAUCCUUUGUAUAUUGAUGGGGAACCUGAAGACAUUAUAACAGCUGCUAGGCGAAGAAUGAAUCAUGAGCUUGGAAUACCUUUGGAUAAGAUGGAUCCAGAGAUGUUCACGUACCUAACUCGUGUACACUAUCAUGAUCCUGGUGACGGAGUGUGGGGAGAACAUGAGAUAGAUCAUAUCCUGUUCUUCCAAAGCGAUGUAAAGAUUAAGCCAAAUUCAGACGAGAUUUCCGAGUACUGCUUUAUCCCGAAGAGCGAGUUUAAUGCUUUCAUACCGACGCUUGAAGGACCAUUGACCCCAUGGUUUAACAUGAUUCGUCGUCACCGCCUUAAACUAUGGUGGGACAACCUUCAUCGCAUAAGAGAACUUGCCGAACCGGAUAAGAUCCAGAAAUUUUUAUCAGAGAAGUAA